CCAUGAGUCAAGUGCCUCAGUACUGGAUAGAGCCAAGUAAGCUCGAAAUUAUGAGAGCGCUGAAUGGCACUUUUCUCGCUCUUUCUUGUAUCACAGUGGCUUUGCGUGUAUAUACGCGGACGAGGAUUGUCAGAUGCUGGGGUUGGGAUGAUUGGUUUAUGCUUUUGACUUUGGCGGUAUUCAUUGGCGAAUGUACUGUGUGGUUGCUAUUGGCAGAUGUGGAGGCGAGACCUGCAUCCCUUGCGAACCUGGAGACAUAUGCANGCGUACCAUUCUCCGAUGAACAUGAAAUGAUGAACAAUACUGACAUCGUCUAUCUCAUCUGCGCGGAACAAGCCCUCUACAUCGCUGGUACCGUCUGCCUAAAGAUAUCCUUGGCCUUCUUCUUCCUGCGCUUCCUCAUCGUCCGCUGGGCCCGCUACACCGUCUGGAUCUCCGUCCUGAUCUACUCCACCCUAGCCACCGCUGUACUUCUCCUCGUCACCUUCGAAUGCGGCCUUCCGGGCAACUACGUCAUCAAACAAGCAACUGGCAAAUGCGUCUCUUUUCGCGUUCAAAGCAGCAUCGGAUACGCCCACGGCGCUGUCAACGCACUUACCGAUUGGGUGUUCCCACUCCUGGCUAUUCACUUUCUGAUUCGUUGCACCAAAAUGUCUUUGGCAUCCAAGGUUUCUUGCUGUGCCAUUUUGUUAUUGGCCGUGGUCGGCAGUAUUGCGUCCAUUGUUCGCACAGUAUAUAUCCCGGAGAUCGGACCAGAUGGCAACAUCUACUCGAGGAGUAUGGAGCCGUUGAUCUGGACGAUGAUCGAAGGAGCUUUGGGGAUUAUCGCUGCUUCGCUGGCCACCUUGCGACCUCUUUUCCAGAGAUUUGCGGGUAGGACGAGGGUCGCUUUGCAGAGUAGAAGUACUGGAUCUCGCUCGACCUGCAAAAUCGGCAGCUCGUUUGGCAGCACACUCAAUUGCUUUGGCUCUUCCGCGCGACCUGAGCUUGCCGAGUCGCCCCAGGAUUCCAUGGCCGAAAAGUGUGAUACCAUGGAUCUGGAAUCGGGGAAUCAUCCAAAGACAACCACGGUACCACUGCACUUGGGUGUGCUGAGCAGUGUAGCCACAGAGACGGGGAUGAUGACGAAUAUGGACAUGACAGGAACGAUUAUACGGGGCAUCGAGAGCGUGCCC